AAAAAAGUGAAUUAGCAACACUGCUGGCAGCAAAUAUUAUUUUUUACUCAAUACGUGUCAUUUGAUUUUAGCCGAAACUCAGGAUUAGAAUAAAAAAUGCACACGGUACUAACUAGAGGCAAUGCUACAGUGGCAUACUCGCUGAGUGUGCUAGCUUGUCUAACAUUUAGCUGCUUUCUGUCCACCGUUUUUCUGGACUACCGAACCGAUGCUAACAUCAAUACUGUCCGUGUCCUGGUAAAAAAUGUUCCCGAUUAUGGUGCAUCCCGGGAGAAACAUGACCUCGGCUUCAUCACUUUUGAUCUUGAGACGAAUCUCACCAGUAUCUUCAACUGGAAUGUGAAGCAACUGUUCCUGUAUUUGACAGCUGAAUACAAGACACCAACGAAUCAAUUAAAUCAAGUCGUUCUUUGGGACAAGAUCAUCUUGCGUGGCGAAAAUGCCGUGUUGGACUUCAAGAACAUGAAUACCAAAUACUACUUCUGGGACGAUGGCAACGGCUUGAAGGACAAUCGUAAUGUGACCUUAUCUCUGUCCUGGAACAUUAUUCCGAAUGCCGGUUUACUGCCCUCAGUCCAAUCAACUGGCAAGCACACAUUCAAAUUCCCAACCGAAUAUUCGGCAUCGUCCAUUUAAGAUACAUAUUAAGUUUUAAAAUGCACUGAUAAUGUUCGGUAAACUAGUGUGUAUUUAAUAAAAAAAAAAAUAUAAAAUACAAAAA